AUGAGGGCGAGGGGAAUGGAAAUGGCCGGCAAGGACUGUGUGAAAGUGGCAGUCCGGGUCAGACCCUUCAAUAAGAGGGAGCGGGAUGCAGGCAGUCGCUGCAUUAUCUCAAUGACCUCCAACAAUAUCAGUAUUCAAGACCCUCGUAACCCGCAGAACAGCCGCACCUUCACUUUUGACUACACUUACUGGUCUCACAGUGGCUUCAGUAGAAAUAAAGAUGGUCUGUUUGUAUCUGAGGAGACAGGUGGGCGCUACGCUGACCAGGCGAGUGUGUUUCUGGAUUUGGGGCAGGGCAUCCUUGAUAAUGCCCUGCAGGGCUACAAUGCCACAUUACUGGCAUAUGGUCAGACUGGCUCUGGGAAGAGUUACUCUAUGGUCGGUUAUGGUCCUAACAAAGGCCUGAUACCCACCCUCUGCGAGAGACUGUUUCAGUCUGUCAGGAGCAUGCAAGACAGCAGGCAGUGUCAGGUAUUUUUCAGCAUGUUGGAAAUUUACAAUGAACAGGUUGUCGACCUGCUAUCAAAAACCAGCCGAUCUGCAGGUGGCCUGCGGGUGCGAGAGGACCAGCAGAGGGGUUUCUAUGUGGAGGGGCUGAGACGGGUGCCCUGUGACAGUGCAGUACAGGUGGAGCAGCUGAUGGAGCAGGGAACACGCACGCGCACCACUGCGGCCACACACAUGAACGCCAACAGCAGUCGCUCGCACAUGCUCAUCAUCAUCCAGCUCAAACAGAUUUUCUCAAAGGAUUGCAUCACCAAACAGUCCAACAUUUACCUAGUGGACUUGGCUGGUAGUGAGAGACAAAGGUCAUCAGGGUCAGAGGCUGACAGGUUGAAAGAGGGCACUGCCAUCAAUCUCAGCUUAACUACCCUCGGAAAUGUCAUCAGGUCAGCAGAUGUAUAUCAAAUAUUUCGUCAUUUUCAGUGUUGUCUAUGGAAACUCUGUAUAUCAAUCGUUCUCUUGCUGCAUACGAAUGCAAGUGGUGCAAUUGCUCUAGCAGACAUGACUCUUGGCAAGAAAGUAGUUCACAUCCCUUAUAGAGAUUCUGUCCUCACCAAAUUACUGCAGUCUGCUCUAGGUGGUAACAGUCGGACCGUCAUGAUUGCAACCUUGAGCCCUGCAGAUAUUUGCUAUGAAGAGUCUCUUUCUACUCUUCGAUAUGCAGAGAGGGCCAAGCGGAUCCAGAAUAAAGCCGUGGUGAAUGAGAGUCCCACAGAACGUCUGAUGAAGGAACUCAAGGCAGAGAAUGCAAAACUACUUCUGAGACUAAGCCGAAUGGGCCAAGAAGGCCGUAAAGCUGAUGAUGAGACAAAGGAGCUGCGGCGAUUGUUGACACAUAAUGAGUUGCAGAUUCGAGCCAUUCAGACGUUGUGGGAACAACAUCUCCAAGAGGCACUAAAAGACUGGGAGACUCAGUAUGCAACUAUAACACAGGAACGAAGGAUGAUGCAGAUGCAUCCGUACAUAAUGAACAUCAAUGAGGACGCUCAGCUGUCUGGUGUUGUGAAACUCUUCAUUCAGGAAGGUGAAUGGGAUAUUGGUCUGGCAGACAACUCGCCCAGAUCGCUCUGUAUCAGGGGUCUAGGCAUUCAGGAGAAACAUGCCGUUUUCUCAAACCAGCAAAGGAGGGUAUCAAUUACUCCUGUGUCCGGGUCAAAGGCCAUUGUGAACGGAGUGCCAGUGUCUAAGAGGAUAGAACUGCAACAUUUGGAUCGACUCGUCUUGGGUUCGAACGGCACUUACCUGUUCAUCGGCUUCCCUUCGGAGCGCUCAGUAGAGGACUGGAGUCGUUACGAUUAUGAUUACUUCCAAUCUGAGCUGGCAGCGGCUGAGGGCUUCCACAUUCAGUCUCUGUCCACAGGGCCACACCAGCCUGACCCCAGUCUACUGGCUGUGUUUUAUGACUAUAUAAAGCUGAUGCCCAUGGUGACAGAAGCUAAUCAAAUGAGUGAAGAGUUAAAGAAGGGAGUUGAAUUCAAAUUGGAAAUCAAGAACCUGGCAAUGUCAGACUCUAAGGGUCAUGACCUGGAGAAGGACAUUGCGGUGAGAGUGACAUCUGUGGAGAGCAAACAGGUGUGGAUGUGGUCCAAAGCCAAAUUUGUCAACCGUAAGUUUCUGAUGGAGGAGGUGUACCAGCAGCAGGUGGUAGGAGGAGAGGGGGCAGACCGAGCUCCUCUUCCCAGGGACAGAGAUCCGUUCUGGGAUCCUCUGGAGCCUCUGCACCUGGGCAGCGCUCACCUGUGGCUGCAGUCCCUGGCAUUUCGCAUCCCUCUGGAGGAGCAGGUGGAAGUGGUGGGUCCGGAAGGAACAGAGGAGGCCAUACUGCAGGCACAGCUAGUGCCCUGCAGCCCAACGGGAUUGCCCCUGGGUGAAGAUGACAUCCUUAUAGACCCAUCAGAGCUGCUUGGGAAACGACUGGACUUUCAGCUGGUUUUGGAUCAGUGCUGUGGCCUACGCUGGGUUAAAGAGGCCCGUAACAGAGGCGUGCAGAUCGGGUUUCAGGUGUUUGACUGUCCACAGCCUCUCUACACUCCAGCGGUGUGGCACAACGUGAACCUGCUCUUGGAUCACAGAGUCCAGUUCACUGCUCUGAGAACCUCUCAGGAACUGUUCAGCUACCUUCAGAGCAAUGCCCUGGUGCUGGAGCUGUGGGGCCUGCAGGAAGGAUGUUCUGAAUUGGUCUCCUGUAUGGAUGGAGUGAAGAUGACUCAAGAAGACAGCAUUAUUAUUGACAAGAUUAGUCCAUCAGAACACUCAACUGCAGAAACCAGAGGCUCUGACCUCAGCUCAUCUCUCCGAACCCUUCAUCAGGACUUGGAACAGCUGAGAAAUGCUAACGCAGCGCUGACGAAAGAAAACAGUGCUCUGAGAGAGCAGCUCAACUCAGCCAGAAAUGGUGUGGAGAAUAACCGUGGUCGGCAGGAGCGCAGAGGCAGUCUCAGACCUAGCUGUGAUGCUGAGUUUGCCAAAGCUUUAAAAGUGUUCUACCACAGCAUGACCUCUGUUAGGGGGCAACUUCAGCGGCUGCGCAGACACAGACCCAGUGAGGAAGCAGACCUGCUGGGUCUCAGACUGUUUGUGGAUGAACAUACAUAUCUCCUGAAGGACUUUUCAGAACAGCUGGAACAGUGUGUCACCACUCUCAAACAGGAUGUGGCUGUCAUUGUGCGUCGAAAGAGAGAAAAGUCUGGAAUUUGGUCCUGAUACGCCUAUUAAUCAAUCAUCUUGCAUAUAAGACUGAAUCUUGAAUGAAGGUUGACAAAGUACUAGAUUCAUGAAAAAGACGUACUGUAGUAUUUGCAUUUUUUAAAACUAUUAAAAUUACUUUAAAUUUUAUUAUUAUUAGUCAUAGCACUUGCAUAUUGCUCUUUUGUUGAUUUCGAUUGCUUCCAUUGUCCUCAUUUGUAAGUCGCUUUGGAUAAAAGCAUCUGCUAAAUGUAAAUGUAACUAUUAAUGCUCUGAUCUUGACUCAGGCCUUAUACCGUAUAUUACUGUUUACAUGUAUUGCUCUCAACUAAAAGACACCUGUCAGUUGGUACAUUACUAAAUAUUAAAGGUUAAAAUUAACAAAUAAUUUGCAUACAAAUAUUUAUGGACAUUAAAUGGCUCUCCUAAGAACAUGACAGUGGGGAACCAUCAGGAGGCCCUCAAAAAUAUUUUAAAACAUUUAAAUAAAAUUUGUAAGAAAAUGAUGCCUUGUGAAAGUCAUGGGACCUUCAAAAUUUGUAUUUUGAUACAUUUGCAAGUGUGGAUAGUGUGCGGGAUUUAUUCUUUUUGUUCUAAAAAAAUGUAAACAUUAAUUUAAUUAUUUUUUUAUUUUUAUUUUACAAGUUUAUAAUUUGACAGCGAACACUGAAAAAAAUGUCUUUGAAAUAAAUCCUUUUAAAUCUGGCUAUUGAGAUUGUGUUGGAAUGUGAAGCUUUAAAUAGAAGAUGCCCAGCCCACUUUCUCUUAGAAUUCUUCCGCCUCAAUGCUGUCAGCACUGUGAUUGGUGGUCCAGCUAUAAAUUACACAUUACAGAGGGCCAAUGAGAGACUAAAUUCUAAUGACAGCAAAAUUGACAAGUCAUUACACCUAGAUGGGUGGGGUUUGAUAUUACUAACUUUUGUGGGGAACGACUAGAGUACCUUGUUCCCUAUGGAAGAGUGGGUAACAUUAGAGGGGACAUUGUUGCGAAUUUAAUAUCAAUGCCAUUUUCAAGAUGAACCUUGAAUGAAAAAUUGGAGUUAAUUGGAAAAGGAAGACCUACACCAGAGGCUAAUUUAGUGCAGAGCUUCUGAGAGGCAUUUAAGACCCAGCAUUUACAUGCCUUUUCAAGGUUUAAUGAUUUGCACUUUACUCAAAUGAACUGUUUUAUUUUGGUGAUAACUGUGCUGUUUGCUUGUUGUUGUCCAAGGCUGGACUGGCCUUUUAAGAGCUGGAAUUGUCAGAGGUAACUUUUGCAGUAGAAGUGGACACAAUAAGCUAGGCUGGUAUUUUACUUUUUUCCCGGACGAGGGAAGAGGGGGCUCCAAGGUUUCAUAGUCAGAAUUUUGUGCUAUAGCUAGUAGUAAAGAGGUGAUCGGUCCACGUGCCGCCUUAAGUGAGGGGCU